AUGGUAAACUUGGCAAAACUGGAAUUUGCUGCCUUGGACUAUUAUGGAAGUGAUGCAUCACCUGAAGAAAAGGCAAAGGCUAUGAUUUUUCUUCACCGUCACAUUCAUGAAGUGCUGAAAAAUGAAUACGUGGCGGUUGAUGACCCAUUGGUUCAGUGGAAAGCCUUAUGCAAAAGAUACAAUCACCAGAAGAAGGAUAUGCUUGAAAAAACUCUGAGUACCUUUUAUGCCUCAAAUGUGCUCCUGCAACAACAAUAUAGGCAUAGUGGUUUUACAAAGUACUCAGAACUGGUAUCUUGCCUUUUGUUGGCUGAGCAGAACAAUGAGCUUUUAUUGAAAAAUCACCAAUCUCGCCCAACAGCCUCAGCACCACUUCCUGAAGUAAAUGCUGCAUCUCAGGAAGUGAAUGUCAUCUCAUCCCGUGACAGUAUCCACAGAUAUGGGCAAGGAGGCAAGCGUGGCCGCUGGCAAGGGAAUAAAAAAGAUCGUAGUGCCCAUUCAUAUGGCUUGGGUCCAAGGAGCAAUCUAUCCACAAGCGGCAAAAAUGCAUCCCGAAACAAGGGGAAAGCACAAACAAGCCAUGUGCCUAGAAAUGUUGAAUGCGCUUGUCACAGAUGUGGCGCAAAGGGACAUUGGGUGCGUACAUGCCAUAUGCUGAAGCAUUUGGCGGAUCUUUAUCAAUCUUCACUUAAGAAUAGGAAAAUGGAGACAAAUUACAUUGAUCAUGUUAUACCAGAUCUGCCAGCCACAGAUGGCUCAUCGGAAAUAUCAACCAAUUCAAUAUUCAACAGAUUCAUUCACCAAAAUAAGUGA